GAUAGAGCCAGGUGCCGAUCCCUAGUUGCAAGCUUGACACGUAUAUACGGUACUUCUCUCAACUUCCCACCACAAUCCAAACUCAUAAUAUCGCAAUUCUGCCCGCAAUUCCCACGCCUAUUUUGGCACAUUUUGAGGAUUCUCUCCCAGCCCCUCCUCCUCACAACCCUCGGUCCCUUCGGUGUUACCGCUAGAGUGGAUUACGCCAACUCCUCCCCUCUAGCCCCACUUUGUCGAGCUCCCUGCCUCACCUGGUUGCCAUCACCUAGACCGACCAACAUUUAUUUGCUCCUCUUUGCCUGGUCUACAAGCGAUCAUGGCUACUGUACCGUUUCGAGUCCGGUCCCUCUACGAGUAUUCCUCACCUCAUGAGGAUGACCUACAGUUCCCGCCGGGCGUGAUCAUAACUGUGACGGACGAGGAGGAUGCUGAUUGGUAUGGCGGAGAAUAUGUCGAUAAUGAUGGCGUCAAGCACGAGGGCAUCUUUCCUCGCAACUUUGUCGAGAAAUUCGAACCACAGCCACCUCCUCGUCCCACGAGAGUCCGUACGAGAAAAGAACCCGAAGUUAUUGUCCCGGCCCAACAGCAACAGCAAGAACCGCAACAACAACAGCCACCCCCAGUUGCCAUCCCUAAUGAGCCCGAACCUGAACCUGAAGCCAACCGAGAGUCCGGGCCACAUCUAGAGCGGGAUUCGGCUCCAGUCGCGGAGGUGGAACAUGUCGAACCUGAAAGGACUGACUAUGGCAAAGUGCAAACGCAAACUCCUGGACAUGCCCCGCUUACUUCGGCUGCCUCUGCCGAGUCUGUCGCCGAGCCCUUCACCACCAUUACUUCUGUACCGCCUCUCACCAAGCCUGCGGCGCCGGUUCACUCGACAGUCCCGUCAGUUCCUAAGUCGGUCCCGACCCAGCUAAAACCCGCUGGACCGCCGCCUGUAUCGAGUAAGCCAUCGAGCAAUGCAUUCAGAGACCGGAUUGCGGCGUUCAACAAGUCUGCCGCUGCACCCAUCGCGCCCUUCAAACCCGUCGGCCUGGGUGCUGGCGCACCCGGCGAUCCCGGGUUUGUGAAGAAGCCAUUUGUUGCCCCGCCGCCCAGCCGUAAUGCCUAUGUGCCACCGCCCCAGCAGCCAGCCGCUUCCAGAGUGUACAGACGAGAGGAGGAUCCCGAGAUUAAGGUAAGAGAGGCUGAACAGCACGAAAGCUCCGAGAAGGUAGGGCUUGUCUCUUCUGAACAGGCCGGCGAGAACGAGCCAAAGCCUACUAGCCUCAAAGAGCGGAUUGCCCUCCUUCAGAGACAGCAGUUGGAACAGGCACAGCGUCAUGCCGAAGCUUUGGCGAGGAAGGAAAAGCCAAAGCGUCCAGCCAAGAAAGCCACCGAUAGUCACGAGCCUAUGGAAGGCGGCGAGGUCACCGAUACCACCGGACUGCCCACGACCCAAGGUCAGCAGCAGCAAGCGGAACAGCAUGUCGGUAAAAGUUCUUUCGAGUCGGAGAGGCGCCCGGCGCCUUCCCGGCGGAAGUCCUCCAAGGGUCCGGUAGAAGUCAAUAACGACGGCAAUGAGGCGGACAUGUCCGGCGCUGGCGAUACCACAGAAGGUCAAGACGAGGACCUUACCGAGCGGGACGACAGCGACGAGAGACCUGGUCGUAUGUCUCAUGUGCCCACAGGAGCAGCUCCCAUUUCAGGAACGGGAAAGGAAGACGAGGGCGACAAUGAUGAGGUAGGCGAGGAGGACGUUGACAAUGAUGAUGACGACGUGGACCCUGAGGUACGACGAAGAGAAGAACUCCGUGCCAGGAUGGCUAAGAUGAGUGGCGGCAUGGGCAUGAUGGGAAUGCAUGCCAUGUUUGGGGCCCCUAUAGGCGGAGGUGCGGCGCCGAAGAAAAAGAAAACGGAAAAGCAGCCAGCAGAGCGCCCAGACGAGAGCACUGGAUCUGUCGCCACUGUGCCCCCGGUCCCUGUUCUUGGGAUGAUGCCAUUGCUCGGCAUGGGUGGUCCGCCACGCCUAGAGGAUGCCGCUGACACGGAGAUAUCACGAUCGCCCCCUUUGUCACCGAGAGCACCCCCUCCGCCUCCAGCACGGCAAGCAAGCAUCUCUGAAGAUGAGGAUGAUGUAGUUGAAACUACAAGAACUCCGUUGGCUGAAGGUGCCGAACCACCUCCUAUCCCAGGAGGAAGACCAGCCCCUCCCCCAAUUCCUUCUGCGACACGACCUGUACCUUUGUCUCCUCGUCCCGCCGUGGCGUCCCAGAGCGAAGGUUCGGAAUCUGAUGACGAGCUCGAGCUCUCGGGGGCAGUUCCCACGUCGGAGACUACCGAGUACGGAGCAAGGUCCCCGCCUCCGCCUCCGCCGACGUUUCCUGCUGCCUCUCCAACGGAGUCUGGCCGACCGCCACCUCCCGUUCCGCAAUCGGGUGAUGAUGCUCCCCCGACACCAGCGACAGAAGGUCUCCCCCCGUCAGCGAGCAAGCGGAUGAGCCGACCACCUCCACCGAUCCCCGGUACCAUGCCCAUUGUGCCGUCAACCCAAACGCGCCCACCUCCGCCUCCGCCUCCCACUGCCGCGCCCAGCGGGCCGCUGAGCCGCCAAUCCACUCAGGAUAUGCCAAAAUCCACUGGUCCUAUCUCUUCACCGACGCGGGGUGAGAUGGGAGGCGAUGAGGAAGAGAUUACGGAAUACGAGGGCGAUUACGACACAGACAUCGCAUCUUCGAUGCCGCACAAGGAUGCUCGGAAGUCACAUGCCAGGGAGUCUAGUUUUGAGGAUAUCACGCCUGUCAGGUCUCCCGCGUCCGAGGUGCCUCCGUCUUUCCCGCCGCCUAUCCCGACUGGCGGUGUGCCACGUUCUGCCCCGCCUCUGGUCCCGACUCAGGCGGCCCCGGUAGACAAGAGGCGAUCCGUGGAAGCCCCCCGGGCAGCACCACCUCCCCCGCCUGCGGCGCCACCAAAGGAUUUACCGUCGGCGGUAUCUGAAGACGACCAUGAAGCCUAUGGGUAUGCUUUUGAAGGACCAUCAUUCGGGCAGCGCUCUCCCAGAUUAGAUGACGAAUUAUACGUCGGAGCUCAUCAACCACUACCUUCGCCGCCGCCCAUGACGCGAGCUCCCCCCCCCGCGCCGCCCACCAAUCGUGGACCACCGCGUCAUUCUAUGGACGUGUUGCGGCCUUCCGUCCCCAUUCGAGGCUCGAUAGACGCGCACAGGCCGUCAACGGAAUCCGGCUUCAUUGCUAAUGAUGUAGACUUGACUCCGCAGAGCGGUUGGUGGAGACAGCCAAACCAAGUGCCUCCCACCCUCCAGGGCCGUCGCGAUAUCUACCACGAGUCAGAGGAAGCGACGUCGAUGGUUGGCGAGUCCCAAACUGUGGUGACGCGGACUAUCUACAUACUGUUCCAGGACUACUCACAGACGGUUGUGACGGUGCAGUACGACCCGUACGACGCGGCAAAGGUGAUUGAACUGCAUCAGCGGCAUGAACCUCCCCCCCGCGCUCUGCGGCAGGAUCAGCUGGAGCAGUCGUACGAGCGGUUCGGGCGGGCCAUCGCCAGCGCCUGUUCGUCCAAGAAAGACUCGGUGGUUGGGGACGGUACGCCCCAGGGUCUUGUUUGCGAGCUCUUGCGGCCGUUUAAGGAUGCGCUGGCACCUGUGGGAACGAGAGCAUACGGGGCGCUAGUGUAUUCGAACCUCGCGAACGCAUCGACGCAGCAGUACGACGAGAUUCGGCCCGGCGACAUCGUGUCCAUUCGAAACGCCAAAUUCCAGGGGAAGCAUGGGCCCAUGCACGCGAAAUACAGCGCAGAAGUCGGGAAGCCAGAUCACGUUGCUGUUGUGGCAGAGUGGGACGGCACCAAGCGGAAAGUUCGGGCAUGGGAGCAGGGACGUGAGAACAAGAAGGUCAAGGUGGAAAGCUUCAGGCUGGACGAUCUGCGGAGUGGCGAAGUCAAGGUGUGGAGGGUGAUGCCUCGAAGUUGGGUUGGAUGGAAUACUCAGCUCUAAGGUAGCUAGCGACUCAAGCAACUCUUAAGCCGUGCCAGCUAAACGGGGGAAGGUUGAAGGUUGAAGGGGUAAGGGGUAAGGGGGAAAGGGGAAAGGGGGGUGGCCUCCACUGUGUUCAUGCGCCGUCGGGUGGCCUGCUGUGGACGGUUUCAAC